AACCGGAUCUGGGAAAGUAGUACUUCGCAUGAUGGGAUUUUGCAUCUGUCCGCUGGAGACUCCGGCGAGGUUGCUCUGGAGCACUAGUUUCUUCCGCCACAAGCGCAUGCUAUUCUAGUGAUUUAGUUAAAAAUCCAACCGCUUACUGUUAAGUAGAUUGUCUUGUUUUUCGCCGGAAAAACUAAAUAUAUAUACACGAUUUUCUCUCUCGCGCGUGCGUAAACAUAUAUCUAUAUAUAUUGAUAACGGUGUAUUUAAUAACCGGAUAUCUGACGAAAGAAAUGGAAUCCGGUCGUAUUUUCUUUGACCCCUCGUACAAUGGCAACGUGGUAUUUCUACGAAACGGAGACUCUGUUUAUCGAGAAGCAAGAUUGGCGAUGAACAUGGAGGAAACCUCGAAGAGGCGGCCUUUUUUCAGCUCGCCGGAAGAAUUGUAUGAUGAAGAAUACUACGACGAGCAGCUGCCGGAGAAGAAGCGCCGUCUUACGCUUGAGCAGGUGCACUUGCUGGAGAAAAGCUUCGAAACAGAGAAUAAGCUGGAGCCGGAUCGCAAGACCCAGCUGGCGAAGAAGCUAGGCCUGCAGCCGCGGCAGGUGGCGGUGUGGUUCCAGAACCGCCGUGCACGGUGGAAGACCAAACAGCUGGAAAGGGAUUAUGAUAAACUAAAGUCCUCAUAUGAUUCUCUUUCGUCCAGUUAUGACUCCAUUCUCAAAGAAAAUGAGAAACUGAAAGCUGAGGUUUUUUCCUUGACAGAGAAGCUGCAAGGAAAAGAGGCUGCCGUAGAGAAAUCUGAUCCGGUCCUGGUGGAUGCUCCGGCCGAUUCCCCCGCCCAACUCAUCUUGAAUGUCGAAGACCGUCUCAGUAGCGGCAGUGACGGAAGUUCAGCGGUGGAUGAUCAGGAAGGUCCGCAGCUUGUGGACAGUGGUGAUUCCUAUUUUCCCAACAAUUAUUUGGGUUGUGUGGCUGCCGGGGUGGGGGGUAUUCAAUCCGAGGAGGACGACGGCAGUGAUGAUGGCGGCAGCUAUUUGUCAAACAUGUUAGUGGUGGCCGAAAAGCAGGAGGAAGAGGAGGGUGAGCUGCUGGGCUGGCAUAUUUGGUCGACCUUAGAUAAUUAGUAAUAAAUAUUUGCCAUGCUGAGUGUUUUUAUAUUUCUGCUUGUAAUGUGGUGGUUUUAAGCCGUGCAUCAUAAACUUCCUAUAUAGUUGCCCAAGAGAUGGAAUUGUCAAACUUGAGAAUAUUUUCCUAUUAGCAAUUAUAUGGAAAUGGAAUAAGAAAUAAAUGAUUGUAAAUUAAUGGUUGGUUGUAAUGAAAAUCCAUACUUGCAACG